AUAAGUCUUCUUUCGCCCAAGUUGCUUUCGACUUUCCACAGAAUUCCAUGUGCUUGCCCUCCGUGUGACCGGUGACUUCUUAGCCUGAAUAAAACCGGCAAGCUGUUCCCACCGAGGCACAACAUCACCUUCGGACUUGCAAGGACUACCUGUUGACCACUACAGUCGUACUAAUAUCCAUUCAAUUCUCAUUCCACCAGAGUUAGCUAGCUAGUAGCCAGCGAGUUAUUGUUGCCUCUCUAGCUCUUACAAUUGAUUGAUUAGUUUAAAUUAAAAAUCAGCAAUCAUCAUGUACUCGAGUAGGAGGUGGAAGAACAAAGGAAAGGAUCCGUUUCAAGACGAGCAUGAUGAUUGGGAAGUGUCGAUUGCCAGCAUUAGCGACAGCGAGGCAACGGGGACACCAACUUCUGGAGAUUCCAAGCGGGGCCUUUUCAGCCAUCUGAGUGGUCGAUUCAGCAACGCAAGUCGGAAAAGUAAGAGUGCUAGUGGUCGUCGCAAGUCAUCCUUGGAUGUUGCCAAACACGAGACCCGCAUGAUCAACAUUCUUCGAUUGGUGGUAUUCAUCUUGCUGUUUUCAGCGGCGACAUUUGUGUGCGUGACAGUCUACGUGUUUCUAAAAAUGGAGGAGGAACAAACCUUUGAGGAGCAGUUCUAUGACCUUGCUUUCCGGUUAGUGGAGGGAUUUCAUUCCAAUUCCAAACUGAGAGUCCAGGUUGUGGACAUGCUGAGCAUCUCAUUGACGUCUUCUGCAUUGGCCACGGAUCAGGUUUGGCCAUUUGUGACAAUCCGAGAUUUCGAGGCCCAGGCAACGGCAGCACGGUCCGUUUUGGGAGCUUCUUUCAUUGGAGUUUACCCUCGUGUGAUCAAGGAACUACGGAGGCCAUGGGAAGAAUAUACUCAACAGGUCGAAAAUUUACAAUGGAUCAACGAAUCUGUGGCAUUCCAGAACGAGUUUAUGGAAACACACAACAGAAGUUCGGACGUAACACGACAAUCACGAGCACUCUUGACGCAGUUCAGUAUCGAUUUCGAGUCUGGGGCUAACAUCACAGUAGAGGAUAUCAGCAACAACGUCACCUUUGAUGGAACCUAUGGGACAAGUUCUCAGAUAUUCCGUGCUGGUGACCCCGACAGCCCAUCAGAUGACGGGAAAUGGGUGUACGAAAAAUUGGAUUCACCAGGUCCUUUCUACCCCAUGUGGCAAAUGUCACCUGCGGAAGAAGCCAUCGUCGUACGAAACAUCAACUACAACAUUAUCGAUCCCGACUUUCAUCCCUCUGCUUACAUUGACGCAAUCCCGCUGGUAAUGUCCACUGGAAAUGCCGUCUUUGGUGGAGUCUGGAAUGUGGAUGAAGAUGGCUACAUUGACGAAGACGAUGAUUUUGAUCAAAGGACUGUACCUGCAGCAUCCCUUCUGUAUCCUGUCUUUGAUAAAAUUGUCCCUGAUGAAGAGGGUGAAAAGUCCACGGUUGCUGUGAUAGAAUUGGAUUAUGAAUUUGGCCCAUUCUUCUCUUCAGUGCUGCCCCCCAAUGCAGAUCCAGUCAUUGCUGUGGUCUCCAACUGUAAGCAAGUCUUUUCCUACCAGGUCACUGGGGUGACUGCCGAGUAUUUGGGAGCAGAGGAUGCCCACGAUCCCAACUUUGAUGAAUUUGUGGUCUCAACCUUGAUGACUGACUUUGAGGAUUCCGGUGCUGGCACAGUCUACAAUGGUGCCCCAAUUGACAAAGAGUACUGUCCCUGGAAGCUAAAUGUGUAUGCCACACAAGAAAUGAAGGAUCACUUUGUGACUUCAAAUCCAAUCUACUACAUGCUGGCUGUCCUUGGAGUCUUCUUCUUCACAUGCGUGACUUUCAUUGCGUAUGAUAGGAUUGUUGAACGUCGGCAAAAGAUGCUGAUGAAUACUGCUGUCAAAUCAGACAAAAUUGUGGCUUCCCUCUUUCCAAAAGGGUUUCAGGAAGCUCUCUACAAACGAGAAAGUGUAUCGCACAAUUCAGGUCCAAUUGGCAACAAAACACAAGGUCCCCAGAAUGGCCAUGCCUUCCUGAGUGCCAACUACCAAACAAACACCAGCAAACCUCAGGUUGUCGAAGGUGCAGAGCCACUUGCAAAACUCUAUCCAGAUUGCACUGUCUUCUUUGCGGACAUUGCUGGCUUUACAGCUUGGAGUUCUGCUCGUAGCCCUGCCCAUGUGUUUACUCUGCUGGAAACAAUAUAUGCUGCCUUUGACAGUCUUGCUGACAAGCACUCGGUCUUUAAGAUUGAGACCAUUGGCGACUGCUAUGUCUGCGUGACAGGCCUACCUGAAGCACAACCAAAGCAUGCAAUAUUGAUGGUGAAGUUUGCUAGAGAUUGCUUGGGGAAAAUGGCGGGGCUGACAAGACAACUUGAAGGGUCGUUGGGCCCUGGAACAGGCGAUCUUGCAAUACGGGUUGGUUUGCACUCUGGUCCUGUGACAGCCGGUGUUUUGCGAGGCAAGAAGGCUCGUUUCCAGCUGUUUGGAGACACAGUCAAUACAGCCUCCAGGAUGGAAUCCAAUGGCCGGAAGAAUUGUAUCCAUGCUUCACCGGACACAGCAGACAUUUUAGUUUCCCAGGGUAAGAGCCACUGGGUCAUGCAACGGGAGGACAAAAUUGUUGCAAAAGGCAAAGGGGAAAUUCAAACCUAUUGGAUCAGGCCAACGUCUUCCUCGUCAGCGACAUCGAGCGUCGUAUCCGAUUCCACGGAUGACAAGGUGUUCGACACGCUUGUUUCGGUGGAGGAAGCCCUCAAGGGGUUGCGGGGAACAGACAUGGACAAAUUGAAGUGGGCAGAAGAAAACUAUCGCAGCAUUGGUUGGACAGUAGAUUUGCUGUUCAAGCACUUGAAAUGGAUUGUCGUAGAACGUCGAGACUCUGCAGUCCAGCAACCACACAACGAAGUAUGGUCCAAUCAAAACUUUUCUGCUGUUGGGGUUGUUUGGGAUGACCAUUUGUGCGAAUCAUUGUUUGAGUUGGGCGACAGCAGUUGGCAUGCAGAGGAAGACUUUUUGCAGUUCAGAGGUGGAAAAGCUGAAGAUCAGUUGCGAAUCUUCAUCACAUGCAUCGCGUACAAAUACAACCAGACUCCGUUUCACAACUACACUCAUGCCUGUCAAGUGCUCAUGUCUGCUGAUAAUAUGAUGGAGCAACUAUCAUCCAAGCUUGGGCCGGGGCGGCAAAUGAACGCUUGGAUGAAGUUUGUUGUGCUCUUGGCAGCCAUCAUCCGAGAUAUGGACCCCUCGAACAGCGACAAUCUACAGGUUUCGUUUGAAGAUGGCGAUGACGAUCGCGAUGGUCGGUCCUCCUCUUUGUCUUUCUCCACAAAGCAUGCAAAUACCUACUACCGCUCGCUUCAAUCUGCAUGGCGCUUGCUUCUUGACGAGAGACUUUAUUCCUUGCGCGUCUGCCUGUGCUCCAACAAGGACGAAUUCUACUGCUUCCGUCAGCUGUUGGUGAAUCUCGUCGUAGGGGCGGACAUGUCCAACAGUGCGUACGCCAUUCAACGUGAAUACCGAUGGAAUGCAGCGUUUCGCGGCUACGACAGCAACGACGACGCAAGCAGUGCAUUGACCUUAGCCACUGUUUCCUAUGAUCAAGCCGCCUCCAUCCUCGAGCACAUUAGCCUGGCUGCUCAAUGGACUCAUACUAUGCAACACUGGCAAAACUACAAAAAGUGGAAUGCCAAGCUCUAUCAGGAGCUCUGCGAUGAUUACGAGAACGGUACCCUCUCGAUCGAUCCAUCCCGGUAUUGGUAUCAACAAGAACUUAUUUUAUUCGACAAUGUCAUCAUUCCACUCGCAGAGAAGCUGCAACUUCCGUUUGUGCUGGGAGCUGCUGGAAGCGAAUAUCUCAAGUUUGCUUGGCAAAACCGCAGGGGUUGGGAAUCCACGCAAAAACACUUGGCACCUCAGAGUUCGUCUUGUGUGGAAUACGAGACGUAG